CGCCAAAAAAAAAAAAAAAAAAAAAAUUAAAGAAAAGAAUAAUAGCAGAAAGAAAGGGAAAGGGGCAGAUGUCUGCACAAAAGAAGGGCCAAAAAAAUCUACACUGCAAGUUUGGUGAAAGUUUGCAACCAGAUGGUGAGUGGCAGCUGCCAGGCUCAGGGCUCACAUUCUGGCGUUUAGUUUGGUUCUACGUCCUCCAAGGACUGCAGAAUUCUCAGAACAAGAGUAAUGACGAUCCUCACGGGGACAAACAGACCCUCACCCUCUGCAGGAGAAUCAGGGCGCUAUGACUCACCGCAGCCCUCACAAAAUCACUAAUUGGAAAUCCUUGCUGCAGCUACACUGCAAAGGAAUCAGACUCGAUGUGCCAACUUCCCCAUGUGAUCCAAGCAUGGCCAUCUGCCAGAGAGCCAGAGGGAGAGAGGGCCACUCGCCUUGCCGGCAACGCAGAGAUUGCCUUGCCCCAUCGCCAAAUGAAAAAGCAGCAGAGGGCUCAUAAGAAGUCCUUUCCAAUGACGAUCUGGCUUUGAAAAGAGCAGCUGUAGUGCCAGAGUGUUUGGUGCAUUGCCUCUUUUGGCCGAGUAUCCAUUCUUCCAUGGGGAAGUGGUGUUGGGAGGUUCUUGUGGUGCACGAAGCUAUUCCUCUGCCAUCUGCUCCCAGUGACAUCAGAGAGUGCAGCAGGAUUUGCCUUUGCCACUUAAUGGGGUUUCCGUUUGUUUGACUCAACUGGGCAUGUUCUUAUAAUGCCAGGAGAGUGAUUCUAUCCUAAGUCAGCUGAACAGAAGCCAGAAGUGAACUAACUGCAAACGAGAGACCCGGCUCGCUUAACAGCAUGGAAGAAACCAGUUUCACUGCAGCAACACAGAGUAGGUGGUUGCUGAUGAGCCUGCAGUGAAGAUGCCUACACAGUGACGACCAAAGGGAAGAGUUCUUUGCUCACCUGAAAAAGACAAUCACUGUACAGGUAGGUUAAAGUGUUUCUGAGACCUCCCAGUGUCCGCCAAGCAAGUGCGCAGAUUUGGUGGGCAGGCUGGGUACAGGCUGAGAGCUUUAGAACCACCGAGGAAGAUGAUUAAUAGCUGAAUUCCUGGCAGCCUUGGUGCUUUCUGGAGCUGGUUCCUACAGACUGCUUGUCCGGAGAUACUGCGCAGAAAGGAAGGAGAAUGCGGGGCUGCAGUUUUGACCCUGUUCCACUCAUCAGAUUAAAACACCUCUCACUUCUGACUCUCAGCUGGUAAACUUGUGGUUUAUUUCACUGAGAAGAUAGAAGCCUCCAGAUCUUGGUCCUCCCACUGCCAGAUACACGAGUGUUCCUGCAUCUGUACUCAUGGACUCUGUCAUGCUUCUCACUCCAUCGGAUGAACUGUCACCGUUGCUUCCGCUUGCACAUUGGAUCCUCUUCAUUUUGCCUCCUCGUUGGCCCUGGUGAAGCUUUGUUCUAAGAUUAUUUGUUUCGUCUAGUUCAUGAACUCAAAUCAUAGAGACCCUAAAUGUUACAGAAGUGUUGAAAGAUUGCUCGGUCAUGAGCACUGACAGUAACUCAUUGGCACGUGAAUUUCUGACGGAUGUCAACCGGCUUUGCAAUGCGGUGGUCCAGAGAGUGGGGGCCAGGGAGGAAGAAGAGGAGGAGACACACAUGGCAACCCUUGGACAAUACCUCGUCCACGGCCGAGGAUUUCUGUUACUUACCAAGCUAAAUUCUAUUAUUGAUCAGGCAUUGACAUGUAGAGAAGAACUCCUUACCCUUCUUCUGUCACUCCUUCCACUGGUAUGGAAGAUACCUGUUCAACUAGAAAAGGCAACAGAUUUUAAUCUACCGUUCUCAGCUGAUAUAAUCCUGACCAAAGAAAAGAACUCAAGUUCUCAAAGAUCUACUCAGGAAAAAUUAUAUUUAGAAGGAAGUGCCCCAGCUGGUCAGGUUUCUGCAAAAGUAAAUGUUUUUCAACAAGGCAGACGACAGCGUAAAACUACCCAUCGCUAUUCUGUAAGAGAUGCAAGAAAGACGCAGCUCUCCACCUCAGAUUCAGAAGUCAAUUCAGAUGACAAAAGUAUAGUAAUGACUAAGCAUAGAAGGUCCCAUCCGCUGCAGCAUUUUGUAACACAGUCUCCUAAAGAAGACCACCUUACAGCUAAGCUUGACCACUUAUCAACCAAAGAACAGACCCCUCCUGAUACCAUGGCUUUGGAAAAUUCCAGAGAGAAGAUUCCAGGACAGGAGUCAAACACUGACAUUUUAAGUGAGCCAGCGGCCUUGUCUAUCAUCAGUCACAUGAACAAUUCUCCAUUUGACUUAUGUCAUGUUCUGUUAUCUUUAUUAGAGAAAGUUUGUAAGUUUGACAUUACCUUGAAUCAUAAUUCUGCUCUAGCUGCCAGUGUAGUGCCCACACUGACUGAGUUCCUAGCGGGUUUUGGGGACUGCUGUAAUCUCAGCGACAAUUUGGAGAGUCGGAUGGUUUCUGCAGGUUGGACUGAAGAACCGGUGGCUUUGAUUCAACGGAUGCUUUUUCGAACAGUGUUGCAUCUUAUGUCAGUAGAUAUUAGUAUGGCAGAGAUGAUGCCAGAAAGUCUUAGAAAAAAUUUAACGGAAUUGCUUACAGCAGCUUUAAAAAUUAGAACUUGCCUAGAAAAGCAGCCCGACCCUUUUGCACCAAGACAAAAGAAAACACUACAAGAGGUUCAGGAAGAUUUUGUGUUUUCCAAGUAUCGCCAUAGAGCGCUUCUUUUACCUGAGCUCCUAGAGGGAGUUUUACAGAUCCUGAUCUGUUGUCUUCAAAGUGCAGCUUCAAAUCCUUUCUUCUUCAGUCAAGCCAUGGAUCUGGUUCAAGAAUUCAUUCAGCAUCAUGGAUUUCAUUUACUUGAAACAGCAGUUCUUCAAAUGGAGUGGCUGGUUGUAAGAGAUGGGGUUCCUCCUGAGGCCUCAGAACAUUUGAAAGCCCUCAUCAAUAGUGUGAUGAAAAUAAUGAGCACUGUCAAAAAAGUGAAAUCAGAGCAACUUCAUCAUUCAAUGUGUACAAGAAAAAGGCACAGACGGUGUGAAUAUUCCCACCUCAUGCAUCACCACAGAGAUCUCUCAGGUCUGCUGGUUUCGGCUUUUAAAAACCAAGUUUCCAAAAACCCAUUUGAAGAGACGGCAGAUGGAGACGUGUAUUACCCCGAGCGGUGCUGUUGCAUUGCAGUGUGUGCUCACCAGUGUUUACGCUUACUGCAGCAGGCUUCCUUGAGCAGCACGUGCGUCCAGAUUCUCUCGGGUGUUCAGAACAUCGGCAUAUGCUGUUGCAUGGAUCCCAAAUCUGUGAUCAUCCCUUUGCUCUAUGCUUUUAAAUCGCCAGCCCUGAAAAACUGUCGGCAGCAUAUAUUAAAUAUUCUUAACAAACUUAUUUUGGAUCAGUUAGGAGGAGCUGAGAUACCACAAAAAACUAAGAAAGCAGCUUGCAAUAUUUGUACCGUUGACUCAGAUCAACUAGCCAAAUUAGAAGAGACCCUGCAGGGAAACGCAUGCGAUGCUGAACCUUCCUCAGGUUUAUCCAGUCCUUCUUACAGAUUUCAAGGGAUCCUGCCCAGCAGUGGAUCUGAAGACCUGUUGUGGAAAUGGGAUGCCUUAGAGGCUUAUCAGAGUUUUGUUUUUGAAGAAGACAGAUUAUGUAGUGUGCAGAUUGCAAGUCACAUUUCCAGUUUAAUCCAGAAAGGCAAUAUUGUUGUUCAGUGGAAAUUGUAUAACUACAUAUUUAAUCCUGUGCUCCAAAGAGGAGUUGAAUUAGCACAUCAUUGUCAACAGCUCGACAUUACUUCAGCUCAGACUCAUGUAUGUAGCCAUCAUGACCAGUGUUUGCCCCAGGAAGUGGUUCAGAUUUAUUUAAAAACUCUGCCUACCCUGCUUAAAUCAAGGGUAAUAAGAGAUUUGUUUUUAAGUUGUAAUGGAGUGAACCAAAUAAUUGAAUUAAAUUACUUAGAUGGUAUUCGAAAUCACUCACUAAAAGCAUUUGAAACUCUGAUAAUCAGCCUAGGGCAACAACAGAAAGAUUCUUCAAUUCCAGGUAUUGAUGGGACAGACCUUGAACAGAAGGAGCUGUCAUCUUUAAAUGUCAGUACUUUGUACAACCAGCAAGCUUAUUCAGAUUCUCAGAGUCUUAGCAAAUUUUAUGCCCGCCUCAAAGAUGCUUAUCCAAAGAAACGGAAGUCUGUCACCCAGGAUGUUUAUAUCAACACGAUAAACCUCUUCCUCUGUGUGGCAUUCCUGUGCGUAAGUAAAGAAGCAGAAUCUGAUAGAGAGUCAGCCAAUGAUUCAGAAGAUACUUCUGGCUACGACAGUACAGCGAGCGAGCCUUUGCAACACAUGCUGCCAUGUUUCUCUCUCGAGAGCCUCGUCCUGCCCUCUCCCAAACACAUGCACCAAGCAGCAGACAUUUGGUCAAUGUGUCAUUGGAUCUACAUGUUGAGUCCAGUUUUCCAGAAACAGUUUUAUAGGCUUGGUGGUUUCCGAGUAUGCCAUAAAUUAAUAUUUAUGAUAAUACAGGAACUAUUCAGAAGUCCUGAAGAGGAGCAUGGGAGAAAGGAGGGAGAUAUAAAUGUAGAGGAAAACCAAGAUUUACACAGACCUUCUCAAUCUGAGGUCACUGUGAAGGAAGAUUUAUUAUCUUUGACUGUGAAAAGUGACCCCACACCUUCAGAACUGGGUAGUCUGAAAAAGAGUGCUGACAGUUCAGGUAAAUUGGAGUCACAGCCUAUUUCUUCCAUGAACGUGGAACAUAUUCCAGCCGCGGAAGCUGCUCCCGAGGAAGCAAAAGUAUUUACGAAUCGAGAAAGCGAAACCUCACUUCAGGGCAUACGACUUUUGGAAGCCCUUUUGGCUAUUUGUCUUCAUGGCAGCAGAGCUAGUCAGCAGAAGAUGGAAUUGGAGUUACCUAAUCAGAACUUGUCUGUGGAAAAUAUACUGCUUGAAAUGAAGAGCCAUCUUUCCAAGUCAAAGGUGAUUGAAACAGAAUUAGCAAAGCCUUUAUUUGAUGCCCUGCUUCGAGUUGCACUGGGGAAUCAUUCAGCAGAUUUUGAACACGAUGAUGCUAUGACUGAGAAGAGUCAUCAGUCUGAAGAAGAAUUGUCAUCCCAACCUGGUGAUUUUUCAGAAGAAGCUGAGGAUUCUCAGUGUUGCAGUAUUAAACUUUUGGUUGAAGAAGAAGGUUAUGAAGCAGAUACUGAAAGCAAUCCUGAGGACAGUGAAACCUGGGAUGAUGGGGUAGACUUAAAGCCUGAAGUAGAAAGUUUCAGUGCAUCAAGCAGUCCAAAUGACUUACUUGAAAACCUCACUCAAGGGGAAAUAAUUUAUCCUGAGAUUUGUACGCUGGAAUUAAAUUUGCUUUCUGCUGGUAAAGCCAAACUUGACGUGCUUUCCCACGUAUUUGAGAGUUUUUUGAAAAUCAUCAGGCAGAAAGAAAAGAAUAUUUUUCUACUCAUGCAACAGGGAACUGUGAAAAAUCUUUUAGGAGGGUUCUUGAGUAUUUUAACACAGACUGAUUCUGAUUUUCAAGCAUGCCAGAGAGUACUGGUGGAUCUUUUGGUAUCUUUGAUGAGUUCAAGAACAUGUUCGGAAGAGCUAACCCUUCUUUUGAGAAUAUUUCUGGAGAAAUCUCCUUGUACAGAAAUUCUUCUUCUGGGUAUUCUGAAAAUUGUUGAAAGUGACAUUACUAUGAGUCCUUCACAGUAUCUCACCUUCCCUUUGCUGCAUAAUCCAAAUUUAAGCAAUGGUGUUUCAUCUUUUUCACAAAAGUGUCCCACGAUUCUAAACAGUAAGGCCAUGGGGUUAUUAAGAAGAGCACGAGUUUCGCGGAGCAAGAAGGAGGGUGACAGUGACAGUUUUCCCCAGCAGCUGCUUUCCUCUUGGCAUGUAGCCCCCGUCCACUUGCCAUUGCUAGGACAAAACUGCUGGCCACACCUGUCGGAAGGUUUCAGCGUUUCACUGUGGUUUAAUGUGGAGCGCGUUCACGAAGCUGAGAGUACCACAGAAAAAGGAAAGAAGACGAAGAAAAGAAACAAAUCGUUAAUUUUACUGGAUAGUAAUUUUGGUGGAACAGAGCACAACAGACCAGAAGGUGCAGAGUACGUGAGUCCUGGUGAAAGGCUCAUAGAGGAAGGCUGUAUUCAUAUGAUCUCAUUGGGAUCCAAAGCGCUGAUGAUCCAAGUGUGGGCUGAUCCCCACAGUGGCACUUUUAUCUUUCGUGUGUGCAUGGAUUCAAAUGACGAUACAAAAGCUGUUUUACUAGCACAGGUUGAAUCACAGGAGAAUAUUUUCCUUCCGAGCAAAUGGCAACAUUUAGUACUCACCUACUUGCAGCAGCCCCAAGGGAAAAAGAACAUCCAUGGGAAGAUCUCCAUAUGGGUCUCUGGACAGAGGAAGCCUGAUGUUACUUUGGAUUUUAUGCUUCCAAGAAAAACAAGUUUGUCAUCUGACAGCAAUAAAACAUUUUGCAUGAUUGGCCAUUGUUUAUCAUCCCAAGAAGAACUUCUGCAAUUGGCUGGCAAAUGGGACCUGGGAAAUUUACUUCUUUUCAAUGGAGCUAAGAUUGGCUCACAAGAGGCAUUUUAUUUAUAUGCUUGUGGACCCAAUCAUACGUCCAUAAUGCCAUGUAAAUAUGGCAAGCCUGUGAAUGACUACUCCAAAUAUAUUAAUAAAGACAUUUUGCAAUGUGAACAAAUCAGAGAACUUUUUAUGACCAACAAAGAUGUGGACAUUGGUCUUCUAAUUGAAAAUCUUUCAGUUGUGUAUACCACUUGCUGUCCUGCUCAGUAUACCAUCUAUGAGCCAGUUAUUAGACUUAAAGGUCAAAUGAAAACACAACUCUCUCAAAGACCCUUCAGCUCAAAAGAAGUUCACAGCAUCUUAUUAGAACCUUAUCAUCUAAAGAAUCUCCGGCCCACUGAAUGUAAAACCCUUCAAGGCAUUCUGCACGAAAUUGGUGGAACUGGUAUAUUUGUCUUUCUCUUUGCUAGGGUUGUGGAACUCAGUAUCUGUGAAGAAACUCAAGCAUUAGCACUGAGAAUUAUACUCUCAUUAAUUAAAUACAACCAACAGAGAAUACAUGAAUUAGAAAAUUGUAAUGGACUUUCCAUGAUUCAUCAGGUGUUGAUCAAACAAAAAUGCAUCGUGGGCUUUCACAUUUUGAAGACCCUUCUUGAAGGUUGCUGUGAUGAAGAUAUUAUUCAUAUCAAUGAGAAUGGAGAAUUUAAGUUGGAUGCCGAGUCUAAUGCUAUAAUCCAGGAUGUUAAACUGCUAGAGGAGCUAUUGCUAGACUGGAGGAUAUGGAAUAAAGCAGAGCAAGGUGUUUGGGAAACUCUGCUGGCAGCCCUAGAAAUCCUCCUCAGAGCGGAUCACCAGCAGCAGAUGUUUAAUAUUAAGCAGUUACUGAAAGCUCGAGUGGUGCAUCACUUUCUACUGACUUGCCAGGUUUUGCAGGAACACAAAGAGGGUCAGCUUACAUCCAUGCCCCGAGAGGUUUGUCGGUCAUUUGUGAAGAUUAUAGCAGAAGUCCUUGGGUCUCCUCCCGAUCUGGAAUUAUUGGCAGCUGUCUUCAGUUUCCUUUUAGCAGCUCACCCUCCUACCAAUACUUACGUUUGCCAUAACCCUGCAGGCUUCUACUUUUCUUUGCACAUAGAUGGCAAGAUCUUUCAGGAGAAAGUGCAGUCAAUCAUGUACCUGAGGCAUUCUAGCAGUGGAGGGAAGUCUGUUACUAGCCCUGGAUUUAUGGUAAUAAGCCCAUGUGGUUUUACUGCUUCGCCAUCUGAAGGAAACAACUCCUCCAGUACUGUUCCACAGCAGAUGACUGCCAGCAUGUUACGUUCUAGAAGCCUACCAGCAUUUCCUACUUCUUCACCUCAAAUACAACCACGAAAAUUGACUGGAAGUUUGGGUUGUAGUAUUGACAAGUUACAAAGCGUUGUAGAUAAUGAUGUUGCUUCCCAGCCAGAGAAAUGGAGCCCUCGGGGGAGUUCCGAGACGCUGAAGAAAGGCAAAGCAGAUGCUUUUGUCAGUAGCUGUGAGUCUGCAAAAACGGUUUGUGAAAUGGAAGCUGUCCUUUCAGCCCAUGCCUCUGUCAGUGGUGUCCCAAAAGGAACAUCGGGACUUCCAGCGGUCAAAGUAGAUCAGAAGGAGGUGGGAACAGAACCCAGAUCAGACGAUGACAGUCUUGGGGAUGAGUUCUGCCCACGCCGACCUGAUUACCUGAAGGGACUGGCCUCGUUCCAGCGAAGCCACAGCACUAUUGCAAGCCUUGGGCUAGCUUUUCCCUCACAGAAUGGCUCUGCAGCUGUCGGCCGGUGGCCAAGUCUUGUUGACAGGAACACCGAAGACUGGGAAAACUUUGCCUUUUCUCUCCGUUAUGAGCCAAACCACAACCGAACUACAAGUGCUCACAGUGUAACUGAAGACUGUUUGGUACCUGUAUGUUGUGGGUUGUAUGAACUCUUAAGCGGAGUUCUUCUCAUCCUGCCUGAUGUUAUGCUGGAAGAUGUGAUGGACAGGCUCAUUCAAGCAGAUACGCUGUUGGUCCUUGUUAACCACCCAUCACCUGCUGUACAACAAGGAGUUAUUAAACUAUUAGAUGCAUAUUUUAAUAGAGCAUCUAAGGAACAAAAGGAUAAAUUUCUGAAGAAUCGUGGCUUUUCCUUGCUAGCCAACCAGUUGUAUCUUCAUCGGGGAACUCAGGAAUUAUUAGAAUGCUUCAUUGAAAUGUUCUUUGGCCGACAUGCUGGCCUUGAUGAAGACGUUCCUUUGAAUGAAUACAGAUUGCUUGCUUGUGAUCUGCAGCAACUUUUCAUAGCAGUUACAAUUCAUGCUUGCAGUUCCUCAGGCUCACAGUAUUUUAGAGUUAUUGAAGAUCUUAUUGUACUGCUUGGAUAUCUUCAAAACAGCAAAAGCAAGAGGACCCAAAAUAUGGCUGUUGCACUACAGUAUAGAGUUCUCCAGGCUGCUAUGGAAUUUAUAAGGACCACCGCAAAUCAUGACUCUGAAAACCUUACAGAUUCAUCUCAGUCGCCUUCUGCUCCCCAUCAUGCAGUAUUCCAAAAGCGAAAGAGCAUUGCUGGUCCUCGAAAAUUUCCCCUUGCUCAAACUGACUCUCUUCUGAUGAAAAUGCGUUCAGUAGCAAGUGAUGAACUUCAUAUGAUGAUGCAACGGAGAAUGAGCCAGGAGAAUCCUGUCCAGGCAACCGAAACAGAGCUUGCACAGAGACUGCAGCGGCUCACCAUUUUAGCAGUUAACAGGAUUAUUUAUCAAGAGUUUAAUCCAGACAUUAUUGACAUUUUGAGUACUCCAGAAAAUGCACCUCAAAGCAAGACCUCAGUUUCCCAGACUGAAAUUUCUGAAGAAAAUAUUUAUCAUGAACAGCCUGCUUUCAAUCCAUUUCAGAAAGAAAUGUUCACAUAUCUGGUAGAAGGCUUCAAAGUAUCUACUAGUUCAAGUAAAGCCAGUGGUUCCAGACAGCAGUGGGCUAAAAUCUUAUGGUCUUGUAAGGAAACCUUCCGAAUGCAGCUUGGGAGACUGCUCGUGCAUAUUUUGUCACCAGCCCACCCUUCACAAGAGAGAAAGCAAAUUUUUGAAAUAGUUCGUGAACCAAAUCAUCAGGAAAUACUACGAGACUGUCUUAGCCCAUCCCUGCAACAUGGAGCCAAGUUAGUUUUGUAUUUGUCAGAGUUGAUACAUAAUCACGAAGACGAAUUGACUGAAGAAGAACUAGACACAGCAGAGCUGCUUAUGAAUGCUUUAAAGUUAUGUGGUCAUAAGUGCAUCCCCCCCAGUGCAUCGACAAAAUCAGACCUUAUUAAAGUGAUUAAAGAGGAACAAAAGAAAUAUGAAACUGAAGAACAUGUGAAUAAAGCCAACUGGCAGAAAACAGUUAAUAAUAAUCAGCAAAGUCUCUUUCAGCGUCUUGAUUCAAAAUCAAAGGAUAUAUCUAAAAUAGCUGCGGAUAUCACCCAGGCAGUGUCUCUUUCCCAAGGAAUUGAGAGAAAAAAGGUGAUCCAGCACAUCAGAGGAAUGUAUAAAGUGGAUCUGAGUGCCAGCAGACACUGGCAGGAGCUUAUUCAACAACUGACGCAUGAUAGAGCAGUCUGGUAUGACCCCAUCUACUAUCCAACUUCAUGGCAGUUGGAUCCAACAGAAGGGCCAAAUCGAGAGAGAAGGCGCUUACAGAGAUGUUACCUAACUAUUCCAAAUAAGUAUCUCCUUAGGGAUAGACAAAAAUCAGAAGCAGAUGUGGUCAAACCACCACUCUCUUACCUAUUUGAAGACAAAACUCAUUCUUCUUUCUCUUCUACUGUAAAGGACAAAGCUGCAAGUGAGUCUAUAAGAGUGAAUCGAAGAUGUAUCAGCGUCGCACCAUCUAGAGAGACAGCUGGUGAAUUGUUGUUAGGUAAAUGUGGAAUGUAUUUUGUGGAAGAUAACGCUUCUGACACAGUUGAAAGUUCCAGCCUUCAGGGAGAAUUGGAACCAGCAUCAUUUUCCUGGACAUAUGAAGAAAUUAAAGAAGUUCACAAGCGUUGGUGGCAAUUGAGAGAUAAUGCAGUAGAAAUCUUUUUAACAAAUGGCAGAACACUCCUGUUGGCAUUUGAUAACACCAAGGUUCGUGAUGAUGUGUACCACAAUAUACUAACAAAUAACCUCCCUAAUCUUCUGGAAUAUGGCAAUAUCACCGCUCUGACAAAUUUAUGGUAUACUGGACAGAUUACUAAUUUUGAAUAUUUGACUCACUUAAACAAACAUGCCGGCCGAUCCUUUAAUGAUCUCAUGCAGUAUCCAGUGUUCCCGUUUAUCCUAGCUGACUACGUUAGUGAGACCCUUGACCUCAGCGAUCCAUCAGUGUACAGAAAUCUCUCCAAGCCCAUAGCCGUGCAGUACAAAGAAAAAGAAGAUCGUUACGUGGACACAUACAAGUACCUGGAGGAGGAGUACCGCAAAGGAGCCCGGGAAGACGACCCGAUGCCCCCGGUGCAGCCCUACCACUACGGUUCCCACUACUCCAACAGCGGCACCGUGCUCCACUUCCUGGUCAGGAUGCCUCCUUUCACAAAGAUGUUUUUAGCCUAUCAAGAUCAGAGUUUUGACAUCCCAGACAGAACUUUUCAUUCUACAAACACAACCUGGCGUCUCUCCUCUUUUGAGUCCAUGACUGAUGUGAAAGAACUUAUCCCAGAGUUUUUCUAUCUUCCAGAAUUCUUAGUUAACCGUGAAGGUUUCGAUUUUGGUGUACGCCAGAAUGGUGAACGGGUUAAUCACGUCAACCUCCCGCCUUGGGCACGUAACGAUCCUCGUCUUUUUAUCCUCAUCCAUAGACAGGCUCUAGAGUCUGACUACGUGUCCCAGAACAUCUGUCAGUGGAUCGACUUGGUAUUCGGGUAUAAGCAAAAAGGGAAGGCCUCUGUCCAAGCCAUCAAUGUUUUUCAUCCUGCUACAUAUUUUGGAAUGGAUGUCUCUGCAGUUGAAGAUCCAGUUCAGAGACGAGCACUGGAAACCAUGAUAAAAACCUACGGCCAGACCCCUCGUCAGCUGUUCCAGUCGGCCCAUGCGAGCAGACCUGGCUCCAAGCUCAACAUCGAAGGGGAGCUUCCUGCUGCCGUGGGGUUGUUAGUGCAGUUUGCUUUCCGGGAAACCAGAGAACAGGUCAAGGAAGUUCCCUAUCCGAGUCCUUUGUCAUGGAUAAAAGGCUUGAAGUGGGGGGAGUAUGUCGGUUCCCCAAGUGCCCCAGUACCUGUGGUCUGCUUCAGCCAGCCGCACGGAGAAAGAUUUGGUUCUCUCCAGGCGCUGCCCACUAGAGCAAUCUGCGGUUUGUCCCGAAAUUUCUGUCUUCUGAUGACGUACAGCAAAGAACAAGGUGUGAGAAGCAUGAACAGUACUGACAUUCAGUGGUCCGCCAUCCUGAGCUGGGGAUAUGCUGAUAACAUUCUAAGGUUGAAGAGUAAACAAAGCGAGCCUCCAAUAAACUUUAUACAAGGUUCACAGCAGCAUCAGGUGACUAGUUGUGCUUGGGUACCGGACAGUUGCCAACUGUUUACUGGGAGCAAAUGUGGUGUCAUCACAGCCUACACAAACAGAUUCAUGAGUGGCACGCCUUCAGAGAUAGAAAUGGAGUCUCAGAUACAUCUCUAUGGGCACACAGAAGAGAUAACCAGCUUAUUUGUCUGCAAACCAUACAGUAUAAUGAUAAGUGUGAGCAGAGAUGGAACCUGCAUCAUAUGGGAUUUAAACAGGUUGUGCUACGUACAAAGUCUGGCGGGACACAAAAGCCCUGUCACAGCCGUCUCUGCCAGUGAGACUACAGGUGACAUUGCCACCGUGUGUGACUCAGCUGGCGGGGGCAGUGACCUCAGACUCUGGACAGUGAACGGGGACCUCGUUGGACAUGUCCACUGCAGAGAGAUCAUUUGUUCCGUGGCUUUCUCGAACCAGCCUGAGGGAGUAUCUAUCAACGUGAUUGCUGGGGGAUUGGAAAAUGGAAUCGUAAGGUUAUGGAGUACUUGGGACCUAAAGCCUGUGCGGGAAAUUACAUUUCCUAAAUCGAAUAAGCCUAUUGUAAGCCUUACAUUUUCCUGCGACGGCCACCAUUUGUACACAGCAAACAGUGAUGGGACCGUGAUCGCCUGGUGUCGGAAGGACCAGCAGCGCCUGAAACAGCCAAUGUUCUAUUCCUUCCUCAGCAGCUAUGCAGCGGGAUGAGUGAGAACCUCGCAUUCUGCAAGGCACUUUAACUCCAAGCUAGAUUUGCCGACUUCGCCAGUUACAGGAGGUCAAACCCGAAGAACUGGAUGACCAAACAAACCAUCCAAGUAAUGAUAAAGUCUAUUCAUCUGCACAAAAUUCUGCAGCCUCACGAGGUCCUGAGAGGAAAGUAUUGUUUAGUGAUGACCUGGAGGGUGUGUCAGUAUGCACUAACCAACAAGGUUUAAGUGUGGCACAGUAAAUUAAAAUCAUAUUCCUAAAGGUUUUUUUCCAUAGAGGAUUCUAAAGAAAAGAUGAGCAUCUCUCUAUUUCUGUUUUCUAUUACUUUCUAUUUUCUAUUAUUCCAAAAAAGCCAGUAGGAUUUAAAUUGGUUAGCUGUUUGUAUAAAAUGCUCUAAAGAUUAUAUUUUAAAAGCUUUCUGCCAAGAUAACACACCCACCCCACUCCCCCCAAAAAAGGAAAGAUAAGGAGAAAGAAUUCAGGACUUGAUCAUUGCUUUCUUUGAGAAGUAUGUAAUCCAGUAGGUGCCUCUGCACCAAAGAUUUUUUGGAAUAUCUGAAUAUUUGAAUCUCAGUGUUAGGCAGUUUUUGCCUGUUGCCUUCUUAGCUCAAAGUAGAACCAGAAUUUUUUGACAGUCACAAACAACAACACAAGUAUCUUUGAUUUUCAGACACAUUCUGUUUCUUCAUAAAAAUCCUACUUAAAAUCCAUAACACUAGAUAUGGAAUAUCCUUAGUUGAGUCACUAAGAUUUAAACACAGUGAUAAUUCUUUUAAUAUCUGCCAUUUACAGAGCAUUAAAUACUUAACAAUUUGCAAUAGAAAGCCUCCAUUUCAGAAAAAGUUUGCACAUAUAUUAAUAAUGCAGUCCAGUUAAGGCAUUUAAUCUAAUAUGCAGGAGGAGUUUUCUUCCCCAAAACAGAAUUACAAAAGAAAAGGACACAGCUUACUUCGUUCUAAACAGGAGGCAGAAUAAUUCUUUUAGGAAGCAGUUUCCACUGUUUCUACUAACCUAUACCACUUGAGAAUUCUAGGAACAAUAGAAAAAUCUGUGUACUCCACAGCAAACUUACACAUGAUAAAGACAGAAUUCCUAAAACUCCUGGAAUAGUCUAUCAUGAUAUUAUGGCUCUAUUUUUACUUGGGGUGCUGCUUUAUUGGCUUUGAAAACACUGUAAAAUAAGCUGUUACCAUGAGAUACAAAGAUGUAUUCCUGCCUAAGAAUUACUUGUGUGUUUGUUAUGGAAAUUUAAUUCAUAUGGUGUUUACAGAACUACUUUUGUAACUUCCAGACUUUCUAAAACAUUCUGCUUAAAAACUGUAUAAAAUGCAAUUGCAAAGUCUCUGCUGUCAAGGUAAAUACAAGAGGAAGCAAGUGGCUACGUAUGCUCGUAACCUUCAGUUGCAUACAUAGGUAAGAGCACUUCACGGCUGCACUGAGAUCAUGGUUUGCACAGACCACCUAUUAAUUCUGAGGUCCAAAUAGGUGCAGAGAUGAGACUAUUCCUAUUCACGUUGAAGUGAUUUGCUUUGUUUAAAAAAAAAAAAAAUCGCAGCUAUUGUCUAACUUUCAUUUUUCUACUGAGAACUUUACAUUAGUCCCUUAUUAGAAUAAGGUUGCUACUCAGUCUUUUUUUUUUUUAAGGCUGAAUUUCAUCAUUUAUCUAAAGAGAAAAUAUGCAAAAUGACUGGUCUUGUUAAGAGUGCAAUAUUAUAUUUUUAUGUAAAAAUAAAAAUGAAAUUGGGGGGAUUAUUUAUUCAGCAUGAAACUUAAUAUGUAUAUGUUUGAAGCACUUCAUAAUAUGCAUGUUGUAGCAAAUAUUUCUGUAAACUAUCACAAGCUCUGUUACCUUUGUACACACUGCCACUUCACAGUGGGGAUAAAUUUCAUAAAAAUAGACUUGAGGACCUAUUCUCAUUGCAGUUUAAAUAUUAUGACCAGAUCUCAAACUGGUGGCUGUUUUUGGUAACCCAUAUAGUUUCUCUCUUUAGCUCCCCUAUAAAUUUAUGUCACUAGAAAA